AACCAAACAAAUUAAAUUUAUAGAUCUAAUCUGAAAGCAUAUUUUUGCAAACUAACAACUGCAUCUUACAGAUACACCACAAACUCUUUCUGGGCACCGGUUACACAUGGAACAAUCUACAUAAUCUACGUAAUGAAUGCAAGAACAUUCUAAUGAAGUGUUGAGGUUUUUCAGAGUAUUCGUUUGCAAACACCCCUCCUGUAACACUGUAAUUACUCCCCCUCUGGAGAGGAGCCCUAUUAGCGCGUCACAGUGCGGCGAGGGGAGGAGUUGGCGGCGCGCACUCGGGAGCGCACGGGACGCACAGCCCUCCGGAGCCGUGUUGAUAUAUCCUUUCAGCGGAGGUUAUGGCAGAGGACUUUGUAAAGAGAAGAGAAGCGGACAGCGCUCGUUAUUUCAUGGGAACCAUGCGUCAGUUUGCGCUCGUGUGCGCGAUGCUUUUCUGAAUCGUUUUUACGCACGAGUAAGUAAACUCAUCCUCACUUUCCUGUCUCUUUUUACAUACUUUAAAUAUAUUAUUACGCGUGGCUGUAGCUGCAGGUUAGACUUUUAAAGACAGGCAUGUUUGAUCUCGUCUUGUUAGUCGUGUAACAGGUCUGUUGUUUGGUUUGUCAGUCUUUUGUUUAAAGCCACUGACAUCAUGGAAAAGUAACUCUGGACUGGAAGUAACGGUAACUCUUUGUCCUGGUGCCAUUUCUCAUUUAGGCUCUAAAUCAGGAAGGUGCUGAACCUGCUACCAUGUCACACGCACAGGUUGAGAUACCAGGACGCGGUUUCCCUGGCCUCUCUUUGGAUAUGAACGACGACUGCUUGUCCCGGGUCCCGUCCGUGCUGAGGGCGCAUGGGUUGGGCGCACGGAGGAACUCUUACGGGCUGCAGAAAAUAAGCAUGGACAUCGACUCGCCUCUGUACAGCGGCGCCCUCUCCAAAGCCUUGUCCUGGUCGGCUGAGAAUAUCCUCACCCUGCCCGAAUCCAGAGCAGAGGAUGAGAAAACCGACGACUCUCCGCCGUCCCCGUCUCCAGUUUCCAGCCCGGGCACCAGCUCCAACACGCCCCCGAGCAGCCGGGAGCCCGGCGCCGGCUCCGGCUCCCACAGCGGGACCUGGGAGCCCGUCCAGAGAUCAAGCCCCCAGGACGCCAGCUCCGAGUCUGACAAUGAACUCCAGCACAAACAGCACAAGGUCUUGUCCCGCAUCACGUUUGAUACUCAGUGGGAGCAGGAGGAGAAAGAGGACGUGGAGACCAAGGCGGUGGCGACCUCACCCGAUGGAAGAUACCUGAAAUUCAACAUAGAGAUCGGGAGGGGAUCUUUCAAGACGGUCUAUAAAGGCCUGGACACGGAGACGACAGUGGAGGUGGCGUGGUGUGAGCUGCAGACCCGUAAGCUGACCAAGGCAGAGCGGCAGCGUUUCAGUGAGGAGGUGGAGAUGCUGAAGUGCCUGCAGCACCCGAACAUCGUCCGUUUCCACGACUCCUGGAAGUCGACGGUGAAGGGCCACAAAUGCAUCAUCCUGGUGACUGAACUCAUGACGUCAGGCACGCUCAAAACGUACUUGAAGAGGUUCAAGGAGAUGAAGCUGAAGCUGCUGCAGCGCUGGAGUCGUCAGAUCCUCAAAGGGCUUCACUUCCUGCACACGCGCACUCCUCCCAUCAUCCACCGGGACCUCAAGUGUGACAACAUCUUCAUCACCGGCCCCACCGGCUCCGUCAAGAUAGGAGAUCUGGGACUGGCCACUCUCAAAAGUGCCUCUUUUGCUAAAAGUGUCAUUGGAACACCAGAGUUCAUGGCCCCGGAGAUGUACGAGGAGAAGUACGACGAAGCGGUCGACGUCUACGCCUUUGGAAUGUGCAUCCUGGAGAUGGCCACCUCUGAGUACCCGUACUCCGAGUGCCAAAACGCCGCCCAGAUCUACCGCAAAGUCACCAGUGGAAUUAAACCUGACAGUUUCUACAAGGUCAAAGUCCCAGAGCUCAAGGAGAUCAUUGAGGGCUGCAUUCGUAUGGACAACGAUGAAAGGUACACCAUUCAGGACCUCCUGGAUCACCCUUUCUUCCAGGAGAACAACGGUGUGCACGUGGAGCUGGCUGAGGAGGACGACACGGUGAAGCAGGGCCUGAAGCUCUGGCUGCGCAUGGACGACACCAAGAAACUGCACGGGAAGUACAAGGACAACAACGCCAUCGAGUUCCUCUUUGAGCUGUACAAAGACGUGCCUGAGGAGGUGGCUCAGGAGAUGGUGGUGCUCGGGUUCGUGUGCGAGGCAGACUUCAAGCUUGUGGCCAAGGCCAUACGGGACAGGGUGACGACCAUCAAGCGGCAGAGAGAGAAGCUGAGGCGGCAGGCCGAGGAGCGGAAGAAGAAGCUGGAGCAGGAAGCCCUAGAAGAAGAAUCAGAGCUUCCACCCAGAGUCAGCAGCGUCGUGGCUGCAGAGUCUCCCACCCCGGCCCUGACACCUCCGGCCCCCAUCCUGUCCCCCGUCACCAGCUCGGUGGACUCUGGCGUCAGCUCCAACUAUCCUGCAGAGCCUGAGGAGCCCGAGGCAGACCAGCACUUCCACAUGCGCCACAACAGCCUGUCGUCUGCUAACUCUGACUGUGAGACAGACGGCUAUCUGAGCUCCUCUGGGCUUCAGGAUCCGCUGGAGGCUGGCAGCUUCAACGCGCCCGCGACACCUCCAACACCACGCACCGGCACGCCGACUGCAAACGGUUUCCCCGUCCCAGCCCUCCGCUUCCCGUCGAGCAUUGCUGUAUCCAACAACACAGAACACGGCAACUCAGGACCCCCGAGUGGAUUCAACUCCCCUGUGGACAGCUACGCCUCCGAUGUGACAUCAGGCUUGAGCGACGGCUACGAGGGCCUAUCAGAGAAGAGCGAGAAAACGGCUGCGAGGAGAACCGCCGGGAAGCUGUUCAGGAGGAGGGCGCGCUCGAGGCUGCGCAUCACAGGGCUCUCUGAUAAAGUGGACCGGGUGGUGGAGUGUCAGCUGCAGACGCACAAUGACAAGAUGGUGACCUUCAAGUUUGACCUGGAUGGAGAUAACCCUGAAGACAUCGCUGCUGUCAUGGUGCACAAUGAGUUCAUCCUGCCGUCAGAGAAGGAGGGCUUCAUCCACCGCAUGGGCGACAUCAUCAAACGUGCCGAGUCUCUGAUGGCCAAAGAGCAGCCGGUCCACUCCAGCGGGCACCGACUCCCCCAGCCUCCCUUCCACAGCGGGGUCAACUCACUGUCUGCCUCACAGCCUAAUCUGCACAGUCACACCCUGCCUCGAACCAACUCCUCCUCCUCUCUGCCUGAUUUUAGUGUGGCUAACCCGAACCUCGGGCUGCGCGGCCCCAGUGGAGACAUCUUCAGUGCAGACAUUACUUCACCUGGGCGACCUCUAAUACGCUCACAGUCUUUCCACAACGCCCCAGGCUCUCCUCUCCAUUAUCAGAACCACCACCACCACCACCACCACCACAAUCACCACAACCCUGCGUCUCUCCUGCCCCAUCACCAGCACUACCACUCACCCUACAUGGGCCACAGUCACUUCCCAUUCCCGUACCCAGGCUCUCCGGGCGGCCACCCUCCCCUCACACGUGUAGCCAGUAACCCCACCUUCCCUUCUAUUCCCUCUCCAGCUCCCGGUUCCCCAAGUCCUCUCAGCGAGACGCAGAGCUUUGGAAGCUCUGAGAGUCUGGCCAUGUCCCCACCUGCCCCCCAGCAUCCCAACAUGUGGCCCCCCCACACGCAGCCCCUGUUCUCCUUGGCUAAUGUCAUCUCCAUGGCCAUGAGCAUGGCUCAGUCUUUCAUCCCUCCUGCCAGCCUGCCCACACAGGGGAUGCCCUCUUUUCCAGACUUCUACCCCCAGCUACCCGCUCACAUGGCCGCACAGUCAGGUUACCCUUCAGUCUACCAACAACACUACCAGGCCCCACCGGUGGAGGUCCCGCACCCCUCAGCGGGCAUCCCGGUGCAGAACAACACCUACCACAGCCCCGAGUAUAUGCCUCAGAUGGAUGGUUUUCCACAGAGCAGUCAUCCCAGCUGGAUGCAUCCCUCCAUGCCUUCCACUCCUCCGCCGGUUCCUCAGGAGCCUCUGCAGCAGGUCAGACUCUCCAGUACCCCCAUCCUGACCCCGGAGGACGGUCUCCACAGUUAUGGGCCCCCGUACUCAACACAGGUUCCAGCCCAGGCUGAACCCAGAUCAGAAGUGUCCAGUUCCAUCUGCUCGUCAGAUCUGUCCCCAUCACCCCCAGAGAGCCCAGAAAGCACUUUAUCAUCCUUCAGCACUGAGCUGCACCCGGCUGUAGCUGAGAUGAAAACCAGUACCCCAAAACCGAAAGCCUCCUCCACUGAAUCUGAAGUCCAGUCUGCACCCGUCACUGUCGGGAGGUUCCAGGUGACGCCCAGCAUGGACAUCCCUGCUCCUGCUCUGCCACUACCUGCUGCCCCACAGCCAGCAGAGAGCUGCAGCAACGCGUCAGAGAGCAGCACAGAGGAGCAGGGGGAGUCUGAGACCAGCCUGGCCACCUCCCUCACCAUGUCCCCUCCUCACCCUCAGUCCCACAGAGGCUCGGCAGCGGUCCUCCAGGAGGUCGACGGGCAGGUAGAAUGGGCUGAGAGCCAGGAGCAGCAGCAGCAGGACGGAGAAGAAGAGGAGGAGGAGGAAGAGGAGGAGGAGGAGAGGGAGGAAGAAGCUGUCGGGGAACGACAGAGGACUAGAAAGAGGAGUCGGAGGAGAGCUUACAGCCUGAGCCUGAUGGGAACGUCCGCAGACAGCGGGCUCUCUGUGACAGCGGCAGAGAUGGAGGGGAGGGUUUGGGACGGAGCGGCAGGAAGCCCGCAGUACAGCAACGCCCUCCACCACUUAUGGAUGAUGAACUACAACCGCAACACGCCCUACCUGAGCAGCGAUGACUCAGACAGUGACGACGAGGACAUGCUGGAGGAGCUGCAGGAGCUCAGAGAGAAACAUCUGACAGAGGUGCAGGCCCUGCAGGCCACUCAGAAGAGAGAGAUCGAGGAGCUGUAUGAGAAGAUGGGGAAGGUUCCCCCCGCCGGGAUCGUCUCUCCGGCUGCUAUGCUGUCCAGCCGACAGCGGCGCCUGUCCAAGGGGAGCGCCUUCCCCUCGUCCCGCAGGAACAGCCUGCAGCGGCUGGACAUGCUGCCGAUCCAGGGUAUCAUUAGGAGAAACUCCCUCGGAGGCAGCAGCAGCGGCUCCCAGGAUAAACCGAAUAAAGGUGUCACCUUCGCCACUGACAUCAGUAGAAUGUAAGAAACUGUCAGCCAAGCACGCUGUAUAUCUGGACUACCUCAUCUGAAGUGUGACUGCGGCGGUUCCGACCCGUCCUGCAGGAGGAUCGCUCCUCACUGGCACAGCCGUCAGCAAACUGCUUCCUCUCUGCCAGUGGUCACAAGGUUCUGCCAGAGGUCAUUUACCUCAACGAACACAGACUCAUCGUCAAGAAAGCUGGAUUUACACGGGAACUGUAACAUCCGGUCUUCAGCCCCUCGUCAGACCAGACUGUGUUGCAGCUGAAGGACAGAACUUCUACCAGUGGUUCAUGUUAAAAAUGACACGUUCGUUCUCUGGAGUGUCACAUCACAGGUUGUGUUAAGUCUUUAGCUUUAUCACAGUCCAGAGCUGCAGAGUUGUGGCACCUCCUGUGAUUUUGACUCAGCUGUUUUCCUCCUUGUCUGAUUCACUGCCGUUCAUCAAUCCGAGCACAGAAAUGUGAACCACAGUGAGGCUCUGACACCUUUACUGACAGUUGUCGUACACAAAACGACAACAUUUCGGAUUAUCUCGCAACUUAUUUGCUGUAGUUUGUUAAUGAUGUCUCAGCUCCUGCUGAAUGCACAGUGAAUACACUCUGAUUAUUGCCUUGUAGGGCCCGACGAGAGCAGAAUAGAUGCAUUGUACAGUUUGAUUUAUUCCUAUGUGUGUUAUGAAAACAUCUUUAGUUUCUCUAGUGAUAGGAUGACCUACAUUCUCUAGACUCUCUAUUCCUGACGCAUUUAAAUGUAGCCAGAAUGAUUUUUCACAUUGUACAGACGUUAAAUACGCAGGUGAUCAUUUCAUCAACACAUCACGAGGAUAAAAGAGCUGUACAGCAGUUAAAUGUUGGCAUGUUGCCUGCUCGAGCAGAUCAAAUUGGAAGAAACUUGGUGAAAUGAUGCAAAGACGUCACACAUCAAUGAAAUAAUGAUUUCUUUGUAUUGAUCAGUUGUGAAUAAGGUUUCAGACUACUGGCUUUCCUGUUGAUUGUACAUGUGUAUAUAGUAGAAUGCAUUUUUAGAUCAUGUUUACAUGUUACGAGUAAACUGAACCUUAACUCUCGCUCAAGCAAAAAUAAUAUUUGACGCUUGUUCCUUAGAUCAAGCACCUUGUGCACUUUAGUCAAAUUCUACUUUAGUUCUCAAUCAUUUAACACUUUGGUGGGUGAGACUGUGUUCACUCCAGGAGGCGCUGAUGUUUCCUGGUGUUUUUCCGUCAGGGAGGGAGAGGAUAUACUCUGGUUUAUGUUUGAUCACAAUAUUUCAGACUGGUCACAGUGAUGAUGGUGAUACGGAAGAGGAUAAGGACCACUGGGGGGAAAAAUGGGUUCUGACUUCUUCUCUAAGAAAGUCAUAGCUCAGAGCAAAAAAAGUUUAAAAAACUGAGGGAAAAAAGUCUGAAUUCUGAAAUGUAAGUGUAAAUUCUGAGAUGAAAGACAUAAUUCUUAGGAAAAAAGUCUGUACUCAAUGUAUUAAUCUUUACAGUGGCCCUGAUCCUCUUCCAUAUGAUCAUCUACCUGCCCACAGUUUUAAAUAAUCAGUCCAAGCUGUGAAUGUGUAGCUGUUGCCUUAUAAAAAUAUUCACACAACACACACUGAACUUUUUCUGGCAGUGAAACUCCUGUAAGAUUUUCCCAAAGUUCAUAAUAAUAAUAAUAAUAAUAUAUUCAGAGAGGUUUCAAAAUUUUGAAUGUAAAAAUAUAUAAAAUUGUAUUGCUUUCUGAAGCUGCUGCUGUCCUGCCAUGCUGAAUCUGUGCCUUUCCCUUAUAAUGUCUUAUUUUAUAUUUCUACUCUUGAGAUUUGGUGGCAAGAUCGGACUCCAUAUAUUAUUAAAUUUUGACAGAAAUAAAAACAAAUGUAAAUACCGCA